UUCCUGUAGCCUUUCACAAUCAGCCAUUCAGCCCUCCCCCUGUCCUAGUGACGGUAACAACCAGACCCUGAGAGGAAGCUACGGAGCAGAUGAAGACGAAUCCAUGGACCCUCUCUGUGCUCCUGCUGCUAGCUGGGCCGCUGGGGGCGGACCCUGACUGGCACGUGGAGUACCCUGACUCCUUCUGCGUGGUGGAGGGCUCCACCGCCACCAUCCCCUGCAGCUUCACCCUCCCCGCGGGGCGCCGGGUGGAGCGGGUGGUGUGGUGCACCAAUGAUGAGUUCUGCCGGCGCCUUGUGUUCAACGUGUACGACAGCAGCAGUGUCCGGGCUUACAGAAGGUUCCGGUACCUGGGGGACCGCGUCGGGAACUGCACCUUAAAGAUAAUCAAGACGGUGAAACGGGACACUGCGAUGUACCGCUUCCUCUUCCAGGCCAACGGCCGAGGGUACCCUGGACGGAUAGGAGUCAUAGUCAAGGUCACUGAUGGAGAGGAUGUGAAGGUCAGAAGCUCCAUCACUGACCAUGUGGUGAAAGAGGGCGGUCAGGUCACACUCACCUGUACCUCAGCCUGCUCCUUCCACCAAUUGGACGUCCACUGGUACAGAAAUGGCCACGCCCUAUCAGAGACAGGCCCCGCCCUCCACCUCAGCAAUCUGACCAAUAACAACACAGGGAAUUACACCUGCUCUCUGGACUCCAGUGGGCAGAAAACCUCUGCGCCUUGGAGUCUAUUGGUGGGGGAAGAUGAAGGCAGGUUUGGCUGGCGGCUGACGGUGUCGGUGGUGUUGAAGGUGCUGUGGGCUGUGUUCCUUCUCCUCCUGGCUGGGCUGGUCUUCGCUAAAAGGUCAGCCCCUGGACCGGAACAUGAGACCGUCUACAGCGAGGUCGUUGGCUGAACCAAACUCAAGCAGCGACUCCUCUUCCUCCUCCAGUGAUGACGAGAUAAGGGAACACUGACGUCAUCAUGUCUGUUGUCUGUCACAGACUUAUUGGUUGAGUCUUGUUCUUUUCAGUUUCUAUUUCUGCUUGUAACAUUUCUUAUGAUUUCAGUGUUCUAUGCAUUUGAGUUCUCUUUCUUUAUUGUAUGUUGUUGUUUAUUCCGAAUAUACCUAAGGUUGUCUGAAUAACGGUGAGGUUUGUAAAGACUGGUUCUCCUCCAUUCUGGUCCGGAUGAUUAGGCUAUGUUUAAAAAAGUGAGAUCCUUCUCAAUUUCUUGAUGGCAAGGCGGCUCAGUUGUUAGUUAGCCUAAUGACUUCUCAAUGCAAAUCAAAGCAGCUAAUCGGCUAACUGAAAUAAAACCAUGCCAAUCUGUAGGUAUAGUGAAAGGUAUUUGAUGAUGUGGGGCUAUUUUAAUUCCAAAGGCUGAGGGAACUUAGUCAUGAUGCAUAGUAUCCAUGAAAUAACUGGCUUUUAAAAAAUAAAAUCUACCUGCCUCUA